UCUCGAUUCCUCUCGGUGAAGUAUGUUUAUGCCAACAGGAUGUCGAGUAUGCUAUGGACGGUAGGAGGGGUUUGCCGGUACGAGAUCUCGUGACACCCUCAUUGCAUUCACGGACUUGACAACUCACCAGACAUGAAGCGGUUAGGCUACUGGUUUAGUGAGAAGAAGACGAAGAAGCUGAAUUUGCCCGAGCACGAGCUAGAUUUCAGGGCAGCUGGCAUCGAACUUGUGCAGCUGGAUGUGAAUCACCCACUAGAUGAACAAGGACCAUUCGAUGCCAUCCUACACAAGUUGGCAGACCUGCAGGCCCACGCUGAUGCAGGAUACACCGUGGCACAGCAGCAGCUGGCCAAUGUCAAGGAUUACAUCACCAGCCACCCCGAGUGCAUCGUGAUCGACCCGCUGCCGAGUAUGGUGAAUCUGCUGGACCGGUACAACCAGUACAAGAUGGUGCAGGAGAGUAGCCUGUUCCAGCACGACUCCGAUGUGUUCAUGCCAACAUUUGUAGAGUUGACCUCGAGUGACCUGGACACCAACCGCCGGAAGCUGUCAGAGGCCCAAGUCACGUACCCUAUCGUGUGUAAGCCAAGCAUUGCUCACGGCUCCAAGCUGUCUCACAAGAUGGCGAUCGUGUUCACCGAGGCUGGUCUGUCGGACCUCGUGUUUCCAUGUGUAGCUCAGUCUUUUAUCAACCACAAUGCGCUGCUCUUCAAGAUAUACGCUGUCGGGGACAAGUACUAUAUUGCGGAAAGGCCGUCACUGAAGAACUUCUAUGCCGGGGAUCACAAGACAAUAUUCUUCGAUACCCACAAUGUAUCAAAGCGAGGUUGCUCCCACUAUCUCACAAUACUUGACAAGGCCGAUAUGGAGCGGUCUCCCCUGGAGCCAGAUAAGGAGAAGCUGUGUGACCUUGGCAGUAAGAUACGGCAAGUGUUCGACCAUGACCUGUUUGGUGUGGACGUGAUAAUGGACUGCAACACACAGAGAUACGCAAUCAUCGACAUCAACUCAUUCCCAGGCUACGACGAGGUGGAGGACUUCCCCACUGUGCUCCUCCAGUACUUGACAGAGAGGCUGGAUGCCAAACCUUCGUCAACCACGCCAGACUCAAACGGGGACCAACGCUUGACCGGCGACCUUGACUGUGAUUUGUCUUCCAGAAAGAGGCUCAAACCUAACCUCGAAGCUAAUACAGAAACGAGUGAAAGAGUCAAUGGAGAAGAUACGUUAAAUCAUAUAAAGACGUUGGAAUCCAUUAAUGGCAUCCACCCCUUUUCCAGUUCUCUGUUUCGAGGGAAGGAGAGCUCAGUGUGUUCAAAUCGGCAGCUAAGUGACGAGUUUAACAGACACACGAACGGCCACCAUUGACAAAGGGCUUGGCAAGGGGAGACAACUUUGUUCCCACCUGGAUAUUAAGGGUCGACAGUAUCAACAAUGACCAAACUGCGUUGUCUGCAUGUCCAGAUAGCACUUGUCCUCAUCAUUACUCCAGUGCAAUGUUUGAGCCCAGAAUUAAACCACUACAUUCUCAGUUUGACUGUAUGUAGGUCUUUGAUCAGCUUACUGUUUACAGAAUGGUUACUUAAUUCAUAAAUACUGUGAUUAUUUUAUAUUUCGGUGAUUGGAUAUAUUUUAGAUACUUUAAUGUUUGAAGGAUGAGGAUUAAGUUUUAAGCAAAUAUUGAAUCAGUAUUGAUUUUUCGAAAUGCUCUUUUAAUCAUUCAAAUAUGUCAUUUUAAAUGACAUAUUAGAAGGAUUAAAAGAGCAUUUGGGAAUUUAGCAAACUUUUAUAUGGUAUCCUGGCAACGGGUUUUUAUCGAAUUAACAGCAUUAUGGGAGAAAGGGGACCUCAACAAGGCAGAAAGCAGUCAAUCGCUUCAGUUGUCACCUUGGUAACAGAUGUAUGAAAAUUGUCCUAUUAGUAUAUUAAUCACUUCAAAUUCGCUUGAAUGGGUUAUUGUAGUCUAAUGUAAUCUAAUGUACUCUAAUGUAGUCUGAUGUAAUCUCAUGUUAAAGUUGUACCAUGUUCACGCUUCAUCUCAGAUAAUCCAUAUCACAUGAUCUAUAGCUUGUAUCUACGAAUACAUUGAUAUUAGAGGGAUGCUAGUCUGUUGUUACAGGGGAUAGUUGGCUGGAAUGUCUUUGUUCAUAGUGUCAAAAACAGAGCAACCCUUUUGGGGCAAACCUCCCCGUAGUAUCACAGUCAUAACUUAGAAUAUUUUCUAUAAGCCUGGCCCAGUGGACUAUUGUCAACCUUUUUCACUAGUCCUCAGAGCUUGUAGCUCUUUCUGCUUGAAUGAGACACAAAUGGUUUUUUCUAUGUUUGCAUUUGCUGUCAGUUUUAUUCAGUUCUAAUUUGUUGACAAAUUGAAGCACUCUCUCCCUGAUGACCUGCCUGACCCCCGUUCGGUCCUUGACCCCAUUCUGUCCUUGACCCUGUUCUGUCCUUGAUGACCUGUCCUUGACGACCUGUCCUUGACCCCCUUUUGUCCUUGACGACCUGUCCUUGACCCCCUUUUGUCCUUGACUGUUCUCUCCUUGGAUUCUAGACAGCACUUCCCACGUCUCUGAACUCAAAGUUUUCGUAUUGUCCACCAAAAAUAUGAUCUGUGGUCAUGUUUUGUUUGUUUCUUUGUUGUUUAACGCCGCAAGCAGCAAUAUUUCAGCUAUAUGACGGCAGUCUGUAAAUGUGCCUCAUGAGAGCACAACAACAAUUAUUAAUUUCCUCCGUCAAAAAUAUCUUCUAGACAACAACUUUUCAUUGGUCAAUUUAAGAUUAUUCUCAGUUGUGGUGGCACAUGGUUUUGUGUACAGUGCAAAUCAGGUAAAGUUAAGCAACGUUUGUCAUGGCGAGUCCUUGGAGAGGUGCACUGAUCCAUUGACCAGGGUAAUAAUAACGCAUACAUUGCAUGGGAGUUAUGGACUUAACAAGGAGAUGAUGAUGAUGAUGAUGAUGAUGAUGAUGAUGAUUAUUAUUAUUAUUGGCCAUGUCAAACUACUAUGAUAGCCUCUCUGGUUAAAAAGCCUACCAAGGUUUAAAGAAAUUCAAACUUGAACCGUAACAUAAAGUCAUAGGUUAUACAAUGAUAUUCCUCCUGGCCGUGAAGCAUAUGAAACAUCUGUUUAUAUAUACAAGGAGCAUAUGAUACAAAUAUUUCAAAAGAAAUUUGAAAAUGUACUUUGUACCCUCAUCUGUCAGUAAACAAUAUGUUGGUAUUUGUGAUAAGAGUAAUCUGGGGUUGUUAUGGAUGGAGCAUGACGACAAGUGUUGGUCUGAUCCAGCUUAGGUACUAGAGUGAUAUACCCUCAGUGCGGACAGACAGAUAGUCUUGUUACUGUUCUGUUAGGGGCAGUGGGGUGGCCACAUGGUUGAUGUGUUUGCUCCUCAUGUCCAAGUCCUGGGUUUGAUGCCUUGCAUGGGUAAACUGUGUGAAGCCCAUUCUUGGUGUCCCCAGUCUUGCAAUAUUGCUUAGAAUUGCAUAAACUUCAUAUUUGUAUCAUUUGUUUGAUGACUAUUAUGUUUUUCUAUAAAGAUAGGUAAGACACUUGAUUGUCUGAGAGUAAUUGUGCACUGUGGAUGGGGACGACUUCUAGGGUUGACAUUUACUGGUUUGUAACGUGUCAGAUCUACAUGUCCUACGACCAACGCCUGGAAGCUUCAUACCAAAUAUACAUUGAUAUAUAUCAGCUUGUCGUUAGCCAAUGAGAGACAUGUACAUACUGCUUGCUUGCUUCUGUAGGUGCCUACUGCAUAUUGUAGGUGUCUACUGUAUAUUAAGUCAACUAUAUCUACUGUACAUAGGAAACAGGCCAGCUGUGUAGAAGUUGUAACUGAGGAUUAAACCGUAAUGGAUUCACCAGUGUGGUUCCAGGGCUGGGGUCCGGGAUGUGAUUGUAACAGUGUAUUUGGUUGUAAACUUGGUUGAACUAAUUCCUGUUGCCGUUGAACGAUUGUCACCAGCAGAGCCCGUCUGACAGGGGAUUGUAAACAUGUAUUGUACAUCUUCAAAUGUUACAGUGUUACACAUAUAUAUGUCAUUGCUUAUAAAUAUAUAUAUAUGGCAUAAUUAAGGAAACAAGAAUCAAUGCUGAGCUGAUGAAACCAGCUGGGAGGUUUCAUGUGAACUACGUGUUUAUAUAUCCCUGUACCCAUGGGUGAAGCGAGUGUUUAUCCCAGCCAGGCCUACUGCUUAUGUGUAUAACAAUGUAGUAUAAUGUUCUACAAUAUGCUUCAUCUGCUAGAUAAAUAUCAUGAUAGCCUACAUACUUUAAUAACAUAGCUUGCUUUGUCAGUCUCUGCUUCCUGAUAUCUCAGAUAGGAUUAAUCUCUGUUGGAUCAUGACCUGAUAAUCAUCUAUACUGCUCAAAAGAAGUUAAAGAACACACGAUUUUUCCAUAUUACUUUUGUUAAUCUGUCAGGUCAUGUCAUGUAGGUUUAACUUCUAUAUAGGACAGAAUUAAAUUGUUUGAUAGGCAUUACUUUGAAGUUGAUGGAUGACAUGAUAGACACAAUUUUAUGGAUAACAAUUUUGACAACGGUAUAAGGAUCUAUACCGAAACGUCGCUUUUCACAGUAUUAAAGAAGUUGUUAUCCAUAAAAAUUGUCUAUCAGGACAGAAUUGUUUGUUAGGGUGGACCAUGACCAGAUGAUUGUGUGUCUUCUGUGUUUGUUUGUGAAUUAUCGUCUAUGUCGGGGAUAUAGGAUUGCUUGCUUACCUCACACACACGUAAGGGUAUGGUCACAACAAAAUAAAGAUUUGUUUGUCAGACUUUAGGACCUGGCUAAAAUGCGACAAAAUUAGCUCCUGGUAAAAAAUGGCUCCCUCCCAAGGUUCUGAGAGGGAAAGAAGCCUCCGAACUGCAUGAAGCCUGGAGAGGAGAUCAUUGUACAAAAGUCUUGGCCAGUAAGUACAGUCCGUUUGACACCAAAUGAGAACAAUGAAUUGCAAAAUAACUCGAAAUCCAGAAAAGUGUAUGAAACAUCAAUACGGUACUUGACCAUGAAUACCCUGUACCCAACAAAAUCUGAAUUUUGUUUAUUUUAAGACCCAUGACGGAUGAAGUUCUUUAAGAAACUAUCAUGUAAUUUUGUAUAGAAAUGUGUACAUGACACGUAGGGGGGACAAACCGUGGAAGGCACGUUGCAGUUAUUUUGCAAUUCAUCGUUCUCAUUUGGCGUCAAAAUGGACUGUACCAGCAUAAUGUACAUAUAUCUAUGGGAGAAACAGUUGAUGGAUAUUUCCAAUCAGGAAUUUGUCAUAAACAAGAACAUUGCGACCAUUUGUCUUUGUACAACCAAACACUUGAUAAACAGACAGAUUAAUUUGUUGUGGCCUGCAUGGAGUCUUGAGGUCGUCUUCUGUAGGUAGUUUACUUUUACUGGCAUGUGUUAGUGGUGUAAUGAACACAUCUCAACAAGCAAUAAACACAUAGAGUUAUUUUUUCAUCAGUGCACUUGCAUGUUGUGGUGUGAAACGUGUGUCAUGGUGAACCUACUGUCAUAGUUGGCUAGUAAGUCCCAUGUAUGAAUGUGUUCCAUUGCAAGGUUCACAGUUGAUUUUAAGUUCUAUUUAUUGCAGUGAUUGACAUGUUUAUCAGUUGAUUCCUUGAUUCUUCUCUUUGAUUGCCAGGACAAUUUACCCAUUUUACUUUAGCUUCUCUUUGUAUGCAGACUAUCUUCGAAUAUCGUGUCAUACGGAAUUCAGCUGUGUAGAUGAAUAGGCUGUCUAUUGAUAAACGUCACAGUUAGAAUUACUAUUUUAUUAGUGUGUAUGUUUCUGAAUCAGGGUAAUUGAAAAUGUUUGGGACCAACAACUGCGACAUAUCCAGACAUCUACGCUUGACAUGUCAUCAGAUUGUGACAAGAGCCAGGUUAAGUGAUCCAGACAUUUGUACUGUAUGGGUAACCAAGUCAGCAAGCCUGACCACCCGGUCCGAAUAUUAGUCGCCUGUUACGACAAGUAUAGUUGCCUCUUCCAGCAAGCAUGGGUUGCUGAAGACCUAUUCUACCCCAGAUCUUUAUGGAUUGUGUCUGGUUUGAGUGUGAAUUGUGUGAGGCUUGUGGCACAAGCUACACAACGUACUGAUACCUUGAAAGUGCCCCUAUUGUACAUGCCACCCCUCGUAACUAUCACGGAUCCGUUACAGGGCUCCCCCAGUGUAGUCAUCUUCAUUGUACUGUUAUUCCGUCUUCGGCAGUUGCAACUUCAGGGAACCACUUGUGUUACCCAAAUAAUAACAGUAGCUGCGAAAUGUUCACCUUUAUUUGUUUAAGAAACUGUACAUUGGUGAAAGGAGUAGUAAAUGUGAACAUGGUAAUGUAGGUCUCAUUUGAUGAAACUUAGAACACAGUAUUUCAUGUAUGAAGAUAUUUCACUCCUAGAGAGUAUGACGACACGGUUGAACACAGUUCUAUGCAGUGCAGACUUUGUGUGAGAAACUUUUAACUAGUGAAACAAAUUAAUGUAUGUGUGAAGUGUGCACCAGAUAUGCAGUAAUCGAUGAGAUUGGCUCCCUCUGCCUGUUCACUAUCACCAUUAUUGAUACAUCUGAUAAACUUGUGUAUUAAUAAGAAUAAUAUCCUAAUGAACGAGUGUAUUAAUAAGAAUAAUAUCCUAAUGAACGAGUGUAUUAAUAAGAAUUAUAUCCUAAUGUACUAGUGUAUUAAUAUAAAAAUUAUAUCGUUAUGAACUAGUGUAUUAAUAAGAAUAAGAUCCCAAUGAUGAACUGGUGUAUUA